GGUGUAGACGGGCUUUUGGGCGCUCCUGGCCAGGGAAGAGGAGUUGCAUGUGUCGCUUCAGCUGGCGGGAGUGGAGGCGGCGGGGUCUGUGCGACCGCCUGGGUUUGUGAGAUGGCUACUGACAUUUCUGAAUCCAGUGGGGCUGAUUGCAAAGGAGAUCCGAGGAACAGUGCCAAGUUAGAUGCCGAUUACCCACUUCGAGUCCUGUAUUGUGGAGUCUGUUCAUUACCAACAGAGUACUGUGAAUAUAUGCCUGAUGUUGCUAAAUGUAGACAAUGGUUAGAGAAGAAUUUUCCAAAUGAGUUUGCAAAACUCACUGUAGAAAAUUCACCCAAACAAGAAGCUGGAAUUAGUGAAGGUCAAGGAACAGUAGGAGAAGAAGAGGAAAAGAAAAAACAAAAGAGAGGUGGAAGGGGUCAGAUAAAACAGAAAAAGAAGACCGUACCACAAAAGGUUACUAUAGCCAAAAUCCCCAGAGCAAAGAAGAAGUAUGUGACAAGAGUGUGUGGCCUUGCAACUUUUGAAAUCGAUCUUAAAGAAGCACAAAGAUUUUUUGCUCAGAAAUUCUCCUGUGGUGCCUCAGUAACAGGAGAGGAUGAAAUCAUCAUUCAGGGGGACUUUACGGAUGACAUCAUUGAGGUCAUUCAGGAAAAAUGGCCUGAGGUGGAUGACGACAGCAUUGAAGACCUUGGAGAAGUAAAGAAGUGAAAACUUGUAUUUUAAUGAUCUGAACUGAGAGUUGAUAUGUCCAAAGGAAGAGGGGCCUUUUAGAGAUAUAUAUUUAUCCUACAGUAAACCUGUAGACUCCUCUCAUCCUUGGCAUUUUCACUGUCUGUACAAGGCUGCUUGGUUUUUUAUUGCCAAAGUCUAGUAAAACAAGGAGACCGUCAUGCUAAUGCAUGGACCAGAAUUUAGUCAAAUAAAAAUUUUUGGUCAUUUGGUACUGACUUUUUCUCUUUUUAACUUUUUAUUUUGGAAAAACUCUAUAGACUUUUUUCCUCAGUGCUGGGGAUUGAACCCCGGGCCUUGUGCAUAUCAGGCAAGAGCUCCAUCACUGAGAUAACACUCCAAGUCACAACACUUUUUGAUUUUUUUGUGGGAAGCAUUUCUGCUGGUUAUCUUACUGAUCGAAAGCUGAGUGAAUUUUAAGAAAAGUUUGAAUUCAGCUUUCUUACCAGUAAUAUGCCUUGUUGGUGUGAUAGUUUCAAGAUGGGUGAUAAAUCUAAUAGAUUUUAUGGUUGAAUUUGCUUCUUUAUUACCAACAAAGUCCACUUUGUGGUCUACCAACAGUGUUGGUAGGAUUUGUUCAAGCUAUUACAGAGAUUAUUUAGUGUAAAGUACAUUAAAAGCCUUAAAACCAUGUGUACUGUUUGACCCGGUAAGCCACUUCUUAGACACUGUCCUAAAGUAAUGAUCAAUCUUGCAUAAAAUUUAUGGAUGAUGGUGUUUGUUACAAUGUUAUCCAUAAUACCAAAAAUUGUGAGUGAUACAAAUGAACAGUGGGGAAAUGGUUCAAGAAGUGAUAGUACAUUGCGUCCUAAAAUAUUAUACAUAUGUGUAAAGCUUACCUUUUUCCAAGAACACUUAGAGACGUGUUUGGUGAUGUUAAAGGGGGGCGACCCCCAAAUCUGUUUAAGAUGCUCAUUAUCAUUGCUGUGAGUGAAAAGCCAUUCAGGGAGCCUGGGAGUUCUUGUUUUGGCUGUACAUUCUGUGAGUAAAAUUUUGCUAACCAGUUUAAAAUGUGAAUCCAUGCUCAACAUGUCAUCUAGGAAAUAACAAUUGAAACAUCUUCCUCAUAAGGGAGAAAUGAAUCAAUUAGGUCAAUUUAAACUUUGCUUUAAGUCAGGUACUGCAGAUUGAAAAGAUUUGUAGUGUUAAAAAUUGCUUUAGACUGGCUUGCAGACUGGUUCAUGUGGUAGAGCGCCUGCCUAGCAAGCAAGCCCUGAGUUCAAACUCCAUACCUCCAAAAAAAAAAAAAAAUUGAUAUAGACA